AUGUGGCCCCCCUUUGGAAACUUAUUCGUUAAGCGGCACGAAGAGCAAGAACCUUCCUCCGCAUCUCCCACUUCUUCCAUUUCCCCGCACUGCAAUGGUCCAGGCAAAAUAGUGGAGACACAAAUCACGCAGGAAGAGACGGAAGAGCAGAACGCCCUGAGCGAACUGAACAAUGAAGAAGACCAAUCAGAGAGGGAAGAAAAAGAAGAAGGAGGAAAAAAGAAAAAGCUGUACGAACUGAACGAGCUACAUUACUUGGUGAACGCAUUGCCAUAUAUCGAUUCGCACGACAGCGAACUGGAAAAAAAUGCCAAACAGUUGGUGGAAGAAGAAAUGAUGUUAAUGCAAAAACAAAAUGAAAUAAAAAAUUAUCUUCAAAAUUUUGACAUCCCUCAAUCAGUGUAUGUAAAAAUAAAAAAUUCAGUCAUACCAAAUGAGCUAAAACGCUGUGAACAGAAUAUCAACAUGGAGAAGUUAAACUUAAAUUAUUACAACAUUGAUAAGGAGGAGUUGAACGAAGAGAAAAAUGUGAACCAGUGGGCUAACACAUUGACAAAGCAUAAAAUCGUAUUGGAAAAUAUGCACAACGCACUUAUCAACGUGGAGUUAAUGAAUAAAUACAAGGAGGUCAUGUGGAGUGAGCACAUGAAAGUGUUCGCACACAUUGAUGUUAACCUACAGAAUAACAUAAAGUUGCUAAAGGAUCAAAUAGAUAACAUAAACAAACAGAGGAAAUUGCACCAACUCAGUUACGUGAAGGACUUGUCCGCACUGCAAAAUGAGAGAAGCGAGUACAAGCGGAAGAACGACAUCGUUCUGGAGGAAAUAAAGAAGCUUCUGUCCGAGAACCUACACCUGCGUUAUCGGCGGAAUGAGGCAUGA